AUGGAGGUCCUCAAGCAGAUGGUGCAAGAGAUGCUUGGACCGAAGGCCGCGCUUCUCAGAACAGCUUCUGCUUCCUCGCGCGUCCCGCUCCUCGUGGCCAUGGCUGAGGAGUCCGAGGAUGUCCUGGAGCUCGGCCGCCAGGACAGACCUCGCAGGUGCUUCCCACAAGUGUCGGUUGAUCGACAGAGUGGCUUCAAUUUGUUCUGGCAUCCGGCUCUCCAGUGCAGCCAGUUGUGGUUGGCCAGGUCAUCGCCGAACUUCAACGAAACGUUCGACGCCAUCAACUGGGACCGCUUGCGGAAGGUCCUGGUGAAGUGGGGCCCACGCCUGGCUCUACUCACAGCCUUGAUGGCAUCUCUGAUCACCUUGUGGGUGAAGUUCUGCUUCUGCACGGAGUGGAGUGCCUGGACCUCCUGCGCGCCGGCCUUGCCAGGAGCCCCGCCCUGUGGAAGAGGCCUGUCACACCGUUACCGCACCAAGACCUUCGGUCAGUGCCCGGGUCUGGUCACGACGCAGCUCAAGUCCUGCCACAUGGGCAUUUGCGAGCUGAUGGACCCUCUCGCCGGGGUGGGCGCCGAGCUGGCGCAAGUGAGCUGCGACAAGCAGGCCCGGUCCAUGCUGCUGCGCGAGGCACAGCGGGCCUACGGCAACGCGACCUGGGACCGACUGCAUAGGUGCGGUGGGAUGCAGCUCUGCUGCCACGGCUGCAACGGCUUUCGCAUGGCGGCCUACGUCACCUGCGAGCAUCACCAGAUUGGGCCCGUCCCCAUGAUCUCCUACGACGGCUGCUUCUCCUGCUUUCCAGCGCAGAGGAGUUCACGGUACGACUGCGAGGGCAAGCAGUUCUGCAAGAAGCACUUCGGCCACUUCGACAACGGAUCACAUCAAGGCCCAUCCCUUUGCUGCGUCAAACUGGACCACACGCACUCCGUGUCGAACAAGCCCCCGAAGUUCGAGGAAGAGGAGUGGGAGAAAGGCCCAGACGUGGUCAACUUCGUCCGGCACGUGGGAAAGGAUGCAGUCUUGGGGAAGGUCGAGGACUUCAGUACCUUCCCGCUGGCCCCUGACGAGCGCAGCUGUCAGAACCACUGCUGGGACAAUUCCUUUUGCUACUUGUACGUCUACCUGUCCAAGAAGGUGGAGAAUCCCCACGCGCAACAGCGCUGCAUCAUCUGGAGCUUGAAGUUCGCAGAGGAUGCUGGUCGAGCUGCAGCCGGAACCUGGCUUCCGCAACAUGCUGCCGUCAGCGGCUUCAAGCUCAUCCCGCGCGUGGCGGCCUUCGCCGUCACGGCGACCACAGCGUCGACGCCCGGUAGCGGCACGAUCGCCGACUUCCAGUUGUUGGUUUGCGGCGCGCCGGACCUUUGUCAAGACCGCAAGCCCUUUCAACUCACGCCCACCUCCUGCAAAGCUGGCGAGCACUGCCUGAGCACUGCCGCAGUGGCGGAGUUUGUCCAGAACAUAGCCGUGCCUUCCACCUUCAGCCUGCACGGCGUGCGAGUGGAGACUUUCAUGGAAGCCUCCUGGAACCUGGCACGCUUGGAGGUGGCGGUCGACGGCCAGACAGGUGUCUUCGACCGCGGUGCCAUCAUCACCAAGGACCAGCCACUGUUCUUCACGGUGGGCUGCACAUCCGAGGGUGGCGAUGGUGCAACCGCGCCGGCGGGCAGCCCCUGCUUGCUGGACUGCCAGAAGGGGGACAGCGGGCGCAAGUGGUGCUACACCAUGGUGAACAAGUCCCAGUGGGGCUACUGCGCCGCCUCAUGCAAGCAGGAGAAGCAUCACGUGGAGGUGCGUUCCGAACUGACCUGUGCAGAGUUGAACUGGCACACCCGCUCGCGGUACAACGACGACGGCAUGGUGUGCUCAACCUCCAGCGCCAGCCCCCUCAAAGGCUGCAGCGGCCAAGUCGCCUGGAGCGAAGCGCAGCGCAGCUGCAAGGAGGUUGGGGCGAGGCUCUGCACCCAGAAGGAGCUGGAAGAGGACGAAGCCGCGGGUACUGGGUGCGGCAUGGAUCGGACACACAUCUGGACCAACACCAAGUGCGGUGUGAACCAGUUCAUGGCCGUUGCGGGCGCCUCUCGAUACAAGGAUCUUCUGGAGCCUCGGUGCACCAUGGCAGAUGAGCAGCUUGGCCGAACCCGCUGCUGCGCCGACGCCCGGUCCCUGACGAUUACCUUCAACAGGGAGCACAGAGACAGCCACUCGCUGCCCACGGGCCUGAGCAUCGAGAAUUCCGGGGGGCUCAUGAAUUGGGUGGUGGUGGCAGGAGAGAACUCUCGGGGUCAGGAUGGCUUCAUCUUACAGAGCGGCCUUCGCGGAGGCCUGGCGCCACGCGACUCGCAACAUCUGGACGUGCUCCUGUCAGGUGUCGCGACGGCUCCUCGUGGUGGCGCCAUCGAGUUCUACUACCGGAUAGACAGUGAGCGCCGAGCAGACCAGCUGCGAUUCUUCAUCGACGGGAGGGAGCAGCGAAUUAGCGGCUUUCCCGCCUCCGGCCAGAUCCCUUGGACAAAUGUGAAGUUUACCUUCUCGGGUUCUCAGCUGGAGACCCACAUCUUCCGCUGGCGCUACGAGAAGGACCAUUCAGAGUCCGUGGGGCGCGAUGUUGCGUGCAUUGAUCGCAUCGUCAUCCACGACAUCCGGGGGCUGGUCUGA